UGUAUUGAAGUUGCUAAAUGUGACAAAAAUCAGCCUAAACAGGCUGUAUUGGAUUAGUUUGGUUACUUGGGAAAGCUAUAUCACAUUUUACUGGAGCUCAGGUAACAGACUUGCUCGUAGAAACACCCACCAUAAGAAUGUGUACAGGUCAAAGGCAGAGUUUUUUCCCCUCCCUGUUUCUCCAUAUAAAGAAAGUCAAUCUUAUGCAACCACACACAUUCCCUGUCAGAGCAUUUCCCUUUCCCCGGAUUCUGUCGCCGAAGAGAGGCCCAGCAGUCAGGGAUCGCGGACAGACGGGGAGGUCACUAAAAUUCACGUUCGCCUUGCAGAAAACAUAACAAUGGAGAUCGUCAGACUGCUGGAUUGGAGUAAUUUGGGCUCAGUUGUUUUCUUUGGCCUGCUGUUCCUGUUCUUCUCAGAGAUGUUCAGGAUAAGAUUUUUCCAAAACAAGUUGCCACCUGGGCCAAAGCCAUUCCCCUUUGUGGGAAAUCUGCCUCAGAUAAUUAAAGCACCAAUGAAGUUCAUCAAUAAGAUCAAAGAGUAUGGAGAAAUCAGUUCCUUUCAUUUUGGUCGGGAACCAUCCAUAGUGCUGAACACCAUCGAUGUUGUGAAGGAAGCUUUGGUUCAUAAUGCUUCUGAAUUUUCUGGAAGGCCUUAUAUACCUGUUAUCGAUUGGGUUACCAAUGGAAAGGGUAUUGUGACUGUUCCUUAUGGUACUUCAUGGAGGCAACAAAGGAGAUUUGCUUUACAAACUUUACGCAAUUUUGGUUUGGGCAAAAAAUCUUUGGAAGAGCGUGUUUCUGAAGAAGCCAGAUACUUGAUAGAGGAGCUGGAGAAACAUAAAGGUAAGAGCUUUGAUCCUCAACAUUGUCUUCAAAAUGCUGUCGCUAACAUCAUCUGCUCCAUUGUCUUCGGCAACCGUUUUGAUUAUGACAACAAGCGUUUUGGCUACUUCCUGGAAAUUACAAACAGAAAUUUCAUAUUGGCAGGUUCUCCUGUCGGUCAGAUUACGAAUUUCUUGCCAUUCAUCAAGUAUCUCCCUGGACCCCAGCAGAAUAUCAAGAGAAAUGCCAACAAGCUGCUAGCUUUUUUUGAGGAGGCUGUGAAGGAACAUAAAAGCACCUUAGACAGAGAGAACCUCAGAGACUUCAUUGAUACAUACCUUGUAGAAAUUGAAGCUCAAAAAUCCAAUCCAGAGUCAACUUUUUCUGAGGAGAAUAUGAUUAUGACUGUGGCUGACCUCUUCUUUGCGGGAACAGAUACUACAGCCACCACGUUACGAUGGGGUCUAAUUUUCAUGAUGGAGCACCCAGAUAUUCAAGAGAAAUGCCAUCAGGAGAUUGUUCAAGUGCUUGGCUACGAUCGUUUGCCAACCAUGGAUGACAGAGCCAACAUGCACUAUGUUCAUGCCACUGUCCAUGAGAUACAGAGGUUUGCCAACAUCGUACCCCUGGGAGUAGUACACUCAGUCACCAAAGACACUCAGUUGAGGGGUUAUCAUCUGGCCGAAGGAACACAGGUCUUUGUUAACAUGACAGCCAUUUUAACUGACAAAGAUCACUGGAAGUUUCCUUAUGAAUUUAACCCGGGAAACUUCCUCAAUGACGAAGGAAAAUUCUUCAGACAUGAAGCAUUUCUGGCCUUCUCUUUGGGACCCAGAGUGUGUUUGGGGGAGCAGCUGGCCAGAAUGGAGCUUUUCAUCUUCUUCGUCUCACUAAUACAGCACCUCAAGUUCAUCUGGCCUCCCGGUGUUGACUCGUAUGACAGGGAUGGGAUCUUUGGUAUUGUCAGAGGUCCACGACCCUUUAUGAUACUCUGCCAUAGUCGUGACUGCAAAAAGUGAGGGAUCCUUUCCAACACACUGAGUUUCAACAGUUUGUCCAAGUCACAUUCUAUAUUAUUCCAUCUUUCCCUAAAUAUAUUUUCAAGGUUAGGCACUAUGACUAUAACAAAAAGCAACAGCCAAUCUAAAAAUGCUGUGUCACGCGCACCUUACCCGCACCUGCAUCUCAUCAAGGCGGCACAGGAUAAAAGGACCGGGAUUCCACGUCUGCUUGCGGAACCUCACUUGAGCAACCGCUACUCCCGUGUGUCCAACGAUUCCUGUCCCUUCGAAGUUCCUGAUCUCCUGGCUACCGACCUUUGCGUUGUCUCGUCGUUUACGCCCUUGUCUGCUCCAAGAAACCCUGAACGCUCAGCGCCUGACCCUCGCCUGUCCCCGAUUACUGCUCUUCAUCUUGCUCCUUGGCUUUGUUUGUUAAUAAACAGAACCCGCGAUUGGGUCCUACUCACCUUCGCCCCAGCUUCCAUUGUUCUAGCAUGACAUGCUGCAGUUGCAUUUACUACAGAAGUUGUAAUUAUGUACUCUGGACAAAAACACAUACACACACACGCACACACACGCACGCACACACACACACACAC